CCUCGACCCCGGAAGCGCCUGGUUCCCGGCGGCGGUAGCGGUGAUGGCUUCGGGACUGGGCGGCUGAGCUGCGCUGGAGUGGGCCCAGCGCCCGUGGUCUCCGCAGUAGCCGCUUACGUGCAGUGUGCGCCAUGGCCACCUCCGCCGCCUCCUCGGAGCAUUUCGAGAAACUGCACGAGAUCUUCCGCAGCCUCCUAGAAGACUUACGAGGGGUGCCCGAGCGGCUACUGGGGACAGCGGGGACCGAAGAGAAGAAGAAGUUGGUCAGAGACUUUGAUGAAAAACAACAGGAAGCAAAUGAAACGCUGGCAGAGAUGGAGGAAGAACUACGGUAUGCACCCCUAUCUUUCCGUAACCCUAUGAUGACUAAGCUUCGAAACUACAGGAAGGACCUUGCCAAACUCCACCGCGAGGUGAGAAAUACACCUUUGACAGCCACAGCUGCAGGCCGAGGAGACCCGAAGUAUGGCACAUAUGCCUUAGAGAAUGAGCAUAUGAACCGGCUACAGUCUCAAAGGACAUUGCUUCUACAAGGCACUGAAAGCCUGAACCGGGCCACCCAAAGCAUUGAGCGUUCUCAUCGGAUUGCCGCGGAAACUGACCAAAUUGGUUCAGAAAUCAUAGAAGAGCUGGGGGAGCAACGAGAACAGUUGGAACGUACCAAGAGCAGACUGGUAAACACAAAUGAAAACUUGAGCAAAAGUCGAAAGAUUCUCCGCUCCAUGUCUAGAAAAGUGAUAACCAACAAGCUGCUGCUUUCCAUCGUCAUCUUACUGGAGCUGGCCAUCCUGGUCGGUCUGGUGUAUUACAAAUUCUUUCGAAGCCAUUGAACUUCUUGUCGAGAAGGGAUUGUGGACCAGAAUCUUGGCUCUGAGAAUGAGUGGUGUUAGGAUAUAAAACUGCUGCUGUAGGCUUACAGUUCAAGAAUGUAUUGUAUAGCCAGACUGUGGAAGGGAGGGCAAUGGAAAACCACACAAAUGUGAAGGAACAGCAAGACCAGUAUGAUAUACCAAGGUAAUAAAUGCUGUUUAUGACUUCUUCAAAUUUA